AUGGUCUCAAAAGCAAUAAGAACCGGUGCGUUGGAACGAGUGAAGCAAGCAUCUGAAGACGUUGAAGCUGUCGAACAACCUCAAAAGAAGCAACUACGAGUGGAUCAACAGGGAGACCAGAUACAAGUUCACGUCGUGCCUUCCCAAAAUGGGGACUCUCAACUAACGAUGCCCUCUUCACAGAUCGAAGAAGUAACGGAUGAUAUUUGCUCGAAACCUUCAAUAGUGCGGCAAAAUCUACUGGGACCAUUGAGCUUCGACGACUUAUACUACACCUGA